GCUACUGGGUCCAGUCUCUUUGUAUGCGGUGGAGCUCGCCCGUGUGGCCUUCCCUGCGGAGGUGGUGAAGCUGGAGGAGUCCUGGGGCGAUUACCUGGUGCAGCAGAAGCAGCUGGACGCCGCCAUCAAUCACUACAUCGAGGCCGGGUGCUCGGUAAAGGCCAUUGACGCUGCAUUAGGCGCUCGGCAGUGGAAGAAAGCCAUUCACAUCCUGGAGCUGCAGGAGCCGCGGACGGCCAGUGACUACUACCUGAAGAUUGCGCAGCAUUACUGCUCUGUGCAGGAGUAUGAGCUGGCUGAGCAGUUGUAUAUCAAGGCCGGGAGGAGCAAGGAGGCGAUUGACAUGUACACACAGGCCGGCCGCUGGGAGCAGGCACACGCGCUGGCCGUGAAGUUCAUGAACCCAGAAGACGUGUCUGUCCUGUAUGUCACCCAAGCCAAGGAGCAGGAGAAGCAGGGGCACUACAGGGAGGCCGAGAGAUUAUACAUCACGGUGGAUGAACCGGAUCUCGCGAUCGCAAUGUACAAGAGACACAAUUUACAUGAAGACAUGAUCCGUCUGGUCACCAGGCAUCACCCGGACCUCUUGAUGGACACCCACCUGCACUUGGGCAAGGAGCUGGAGGCCGGGGGGCGUCUGCGGGAGGCUGAGUACCAUUACCUGAAGGCCAAGGACUGGAAAUCCACUGUGAAUAUGUACAGAGCAGCUGAUAUGUGGGAGGAGGCGCACAGGGUGGCAAAAGCGCAUGGAGGGGCCAACGCUCAUAAACAUGUCGCUUACCUCUGGGCAAAGAACCUGGGAGGAGAGGCGGCUGUGAAGCUACUCACCAAAUUCAGCCUCGUGGAGACCGCCAUCGACCAUGCCACUGAGAACGGCACAUUUGAUUUUGCCUUUGAGCUGGCCCGUCUGGCAACGAAAGAGAAGCUUCCAGAGAUCCACCUGAAAUACGCCAUGUUCCUGGAGGACGAGGGAAAAUUUACUGAAGCUGAAGGUGAAUUUGUUAAAGCCGGGAAACCCAAGGAAGCCGUUCUCAUGUAUGUCCACAACCAGGACUGGGAUGCGGCUCAGAGGGUGUCUGAGCUGUAUGACCCGGACAGUGUCGGGGACGUGCUCGCAGGCCAGGCUCGCUUCGCCUUUGAACAGAAGGAUUUCCAGAAGGCAGAAGCGUUCUUGCUGCGUGCACAGAGACCUGAGCUCGCCGUGAAGCAUUAUAAGGAAGCGGGCAUGUGGAGCGACGCCAUCCGGAUCUGCAAGGAGUAUAUCCCGGCCCUACUGGAGCAGCUGCAGCAGGAGUAUGAGCGGGAGGGCAUGAAGAAAGGAGCCAGAGGAACAGAGGCUUUAGUGGAGCAGGGCCGGGAGUGGGAGCAAGCGGGAGAAUAUGCCCGAGCCGUGGACUGCUACCUGAAAGUGAAGGACCUGGAAAGCACAGAACUGAUGGAGAAAUGCUGGAUGAAGGCGGCGGAGUUAUCCAUCAAAUUCCUGGUUCCAAGCAGAAGUUUAGAAGUGAUUCAUCUCGUUGGCCCUAAGUUGAUCUCUGCUGGAAAACACAAUGCGGCUGCGGAGUUGUAUCUGAACAUGGACCUCAUUAAGGAAGCAAUUGAUUCCUUUAUAGAUGGAGAAGAGUGGAACAAAGCCAAGAGAGUGGCCAAGGAGCUGGACUCCAGGUAUGAGCAGUAUGUGGAUGAGAGAUAUAAGGAUUACCUGAAGAACCAGGGAAACGUGGACUCGCUUGUCGGGGUUGAUGUCAUGGCUGCUCUCGACAUGUAUGCUGAGCGCGGGCAGUGGGAGAAGUGUAUAGCUAUCGCUGGGAAGCAGAGUUACAAGGUGCUCCAUAAAUAUGUCGCCCUGUUUGCCACACAUCUCAUCAAAGAUGGAAACUGGGAGAAAGCGCUUGCCUUGUAUGUCCAGCACGGAGCUCCAGCUAAUGCCCAGAACUUCAACAUCUAUAAACGGAUCUUCAUUGAGAUGGUGAACAGUGAGGGAAUGAACUGUGCAGAAGUGUACCACACGUGGGCAAACCUCCGAGACAUGCUGUACAACCUGUGCGAGAAUCUGAUGAAGUCCAGUGAAGUGAAUUCUCCAGCGCAUCAGGAGUUUGAACAGAUGAUGCUGACCGCCCAUUAUUACUCCACCCGUUCCGCAUCCCAGGGAGUCCAGCAGUUGGACGUUGUAGCUGCAAAGCUCUGUGUCUCUUUGCUGCGUCACACGGAUCUUCUCCCUGCAGACAAGGCCUUCUAUGAGGCUGGAAUGGCGUCGAAGGCGAUGGGAUGGGAAAACUCGGCCUUCAUCUUCUUGAACAGAUUUUUGGACCUGGUAGAUGCCAUCGAGGAGGGGAACCUGGAUGCCCUCGACCACUCAGAUUUCCAGUCUACAGAUAUUCCCUUCGAAGUUCCGCUCCCUGCAAAACAGCACAUUCCGGUGGAAAAGCGAGAGGAGGUGAGAGAAUGGGUGCUGGCCGUUUCCAUGGACCAACGAGUGGAGCAAGUCCUUCCAGUUGAUGAGAGGGGCGUCUAUGAGGCGUCGUUGGUGGCCGCCAACAGCGGGAUCCGGUCGCUUCCUUGUGUGAUCACAGGGUAUCCCGUGCUCAGGAACAAGGUAGAAUUCAAACAGCCGGGCAAAGCCGCAAACAAAGAAGACUGGAACAAAUUCCUCAUGGCUAUUAAGACCAGCCACAGCCCAGAGUGCCAGGAUGUGCUGAAGUUCAUCAGUCGGUGGUGCGGAGCCCUCCCUAACACCAGCUUCUCCUUCCAGUGAGAAGAGCCCAGUUCUGUUGUAAUAAAUGCUGUGACGUGCUAUGUUA